UUCCGUUACGUGGGCGUGGCUUUUCCUUCCCACCCUGAGGAGUCCCUCUGGCAAGGAAGCGUCAACAACAAGGCUCGCUCUCUCUGAGGCGGGAUGAGGAGAUGGGACCGGAAGCAGGGCCCGAAGGACGGGUGUGAGGGAAUGGCCAAUGGCUUUCUCAUGGAAAUAUGCGUUGAUUCAGUGGAGUCUGCUGUGAAUGCAGAAAGAGGAGGUGCUGGCCGCCUUGAAUUGUGUGCCAAUCUGAUGGAAGGAGGAACGACACCCAGUAUAGGGCUUCUGCAAGUAGUGAAGCAGUGUAUACGGGUGCCAGUAUUUGUGAUAAUACGGCCCCGUGGAGGGGACUUCCUCUAUUCUGACCGAGAAGUGGAGGUGAUGAAAGCUGACAUCCGACUUGCCAAGCAACAUGGGGCAGAUGGUCUGGUGUUUGGAGCGUUGACUGAAGAUGGGCGUGUGGACACGGAGCUCUGCACAGCACUGCUGGCCGCUUCACGCCCUCUGCCAGUCACUUUCCACAGAGCUUUUGACAUGGUCUAUGAUCCGAUGACAGCCUUGGAAACACUGAUAUCACUGGGGUUUGAACGGGUGUUGACUAGUGGUUGUGACAGCUCUGCCCUCGAGGGGCUGCCCUUGAUAAAGCGGCUGACUGAUCAGGCUAAAGGCAGGAUUGUUGUAGUGCCAGGUGGAGGCAUAACAGAGAGAAACCUGCAGAGGAUCUUAGAAGGCUCUGGUGCUUCAGAAUUUCAUUGUUCAGCACGCUCUGCUAAAGACUCAGGCAUGAAGUUCAGAAACCCCAGCAUUACUAUGGGGGCCUACCUCUCUACACCUGAAUAUUCCAUCAAGGUGGCAGAUGUGGCUAAAGUGAGGACCCUGAAUGCAAUUGCAAAGAAUAUCCUGUAGAAGAACAUCCUGUGGGACAGGGAGAGCCUGAACACCGUGACCUGCUCGACUCUUAGGCAUAGACAUUUUGAUAGCUCCCUUGACAGCAUGUAAUGGAUAUGGGGACAUUCAAAUGAAGAAGCUUGUGCUUGUUUUACCUCCUAUUCCCACUUCUUAGUGUUGCUCCAGAGAGUCUCUUCCUUGAAUAUUGUAAUGCCAUUUGUGUGUGGGGAGUAAACUCUGGGGAGGGAGGGUUUUUAGCUAAAAAAAUAUUUUGCCAUUGGGUUACACUUCCUGUGACUAUCACUUCAAUAAAUCCUGAAGCUGCUCCAUGUCACUAUGGCUUUUCUUCACACAGAGGCUAUGGCAAGAGACUCUGACCUUCUCUGGAAGUAAUUGUGCCAGAGUGGUGCCCAGCCUGGGGAGGGCCUCAGGUAAGUGCUUGUUCCAGGAAGACAGUAGGGAUGAGUGUACUCAGAAUUGCAAGUUUCCUUGUGGACAUGAAUUUGGAAAAUUACUUGUUUGGACUGUAAUUCCUAGAAUCUUCCAGGCAUGUUGACAUAUAUAAGGUAGGGGAUUCUGGGAGUUGUAAUUCCCAAAAGUAACUUCCUGCUUCUGGUAAAUGGCUAGAUGAACUGGAAUUAUUUGCCUCUUCAAAGCACUGAGAUCAAACUGAGUAUUGUUCAAAGAAUUCUUCAGUACAUAGAAUAUAUUUCCUUAUGGAGAAUGGACACCCAAGGACACAGUCACAGUGUGGGAGAACAGUACAACUGUGUAUAUUUUAUGUGACUGCAGGAUUUGAUCAUUUGAGAGACUUGGAAAUUGUCAAGUACUAAGUUGUAUGGAACAGGACAGUAUGGAGGGUGGAGCAGAGAUUGCACUAAAAGCAUUUUUUUAAUUUUGUAGCAUUUGCCUUCAUUUUUGAAGAGAAUCAUAUUUGUUUGUUUAGUCAUUUAUUUAUAUCUAUUUUAAACCACUCAAUAGUUAUAGUUUUCUUGGUGAUACACAAAUAAAAUAAUGAAAAAAUAAAA